UUUGAUUUAAUUAGUGUUAAAUUCAAGUUCAAUAAUAUUUAGCUACGCAAACUCUAUCUCGCAAUUCUCUGCAAAAAGCUUAAAGCUAAGAGCUCUACCAAAAUGCUUGUUGGCUCGCAUCCGUAUCUAUGCAAUGGCGCUCUGCCGCCCGUUGCACCCACCAGCAAUAACAACAACAACAACAAUGCAGCCACGGCAACGCCAACAACAACAACAACAGCUGGCAACAAAAGUGCCGCCGGCUCAGCAACGGAUUUCUCCAUAGCCGCGAUUAUGGCACGCGAAGAUGCCUCAAGUCGCGAAUCCUCGGUGCGCAGUGCAAGUCCCAUUUCGGUUGAGGAUGAGGUCGAUGUGGAUGUCGUUGAUUGCAGCGAUGCUGAAGAGCCGCCAGCCAAGGCGCGUCGCUUGAAUCAUCAUCACAAUCAUCAUCACAGUCAUCAUCACCAUCACAACAACAACAACAACAAUAAUAAUAACAACAACAACAACAAUAGUGUGUCACACAAGAGUCGCAACGAAUCACAGCUAAACACCAGCUCCACAUCAAGCCAAGGACGCUGCUCCACACCGCCGCAAUCGCCCGGCACUGAGGACAGCGAGGAGCGCCUGACACCCGAACCGGUCCAAAAGACACCCAAAAUCGUUGGCUCCUGCAACUGUGACGAUUUGAAGCCGGUGCAAUGCCACCUGGAGACCAAAGAGCUGUGGGAUCGCUUUCACGAGCUGGGCACCGAAAUGAUUAUCACCAAAACUGGCAGACGCAUGUUCCCCACGGUGCGCGUCUCAUUCUCUGGGCCAUUGCGUCAGAUCCAGCCAGCCGAUCGCUAUGCCGUGCUGCUGGAUAUAAUACCGAUGGACUCGAAACGCUAUCGCUAUGCAUAUCAUCGGUCUGCUUGGCUGGUUGCCGGCAAAGCCGAUCCAGCGCCGCCCGCCCGCCUCUACUCCCAUCCGGAUAGCCCCUUCAGCUGCGAGGCGCUGCGCAAACAAGUUAUCUCCUUCGAGAAGGUCAAGCUGACUAAUAACGAAAUGGAUAAGAACGGACAGAUCGUGCUCAACUCGAUGCAUCGCUAUCAGCCGCGCAUUCAUCUGGUGCGCCUCUCGCAUGGCCAGAGCAUACCUAGCAAUCCCAAGGAGUUGCAGGAUCUCGAUCACAAGACCUAUGUCUUCUCGGAGACCGUCUUUACGGCUGUGACGGCGUAUCAGAAUCAGCUGAUAACCAAAUUGAAAAUCGACUCGAAUCCAUUUGCCAAAGGCUUCCGUGACUCGUCGCGUCUCACCGACUUCGAUCGCGAUCCGAUGGAGGCACUGCUGCUGGAGCAGCAGCUGCGCUCGCCGCUGCGCCUCUUUCCCGAUCCGCUGAUGCAACAGUUUGCCGCGCAACAGGGCGCCGCCGAUCCCGCUUCGAUGGCGCUCUUCGAGAAGGCACGCCAGCAUCUGCAAAUGUUCGGCGGCAAUUCGCCGUAUGCCCAGCUCAUGAUGCCGCAAAUGUAUCAGGCAGCAGCGGCGGCACCACCGCCGCCCGGCCUCGGCGCCUUUCACAUGUUCCAGCAGCAAUGGCCGCAGCUGACGGCCGGAUUUUUGGCCAGCGCCAAUCAGCAGGCCGCUGCCGCCCAGGCCGCCGCUCAGGCGCAGGCGCAAGCGCAGGCAGCGGCCGCUGCGGCCAUGGCCGCCAAUCGCACACCCCCGCCGCCGCCCACAGCGUCCACGCCCUCGUCGACAUCGUCGGGCUCGCCCUCGCCCGAUAUGCGACCGCGUCAAUAUCAGCGCUUCAGUCCGUAUCAGUUGCCCGCGCAGGCUCAACAACAACAGCAACAACAACAGCAGCAGCAGCAGCCGCCGCCCACAGCGGGCUCGCCCGCCUCGCGCAGCCCCGCCCACUAAGCACUGGCAGAGGCUGCCCCAAAUAAAACAGUAUUAAUCCAAAAA